UUGUCACCUCCUCCACCGACGUCACUCUCCCUAAGAAGGUGCCUUCUGUGGCCCUUAACCCUUGAAUGCAUUCCACAGAGAGUAUGGAGGCCUAGAUCCUAAGAGCUGUAUUAUAAAGCGCUACUGUGAGAAAAGAUUUGUGUCUAAAUACCUUGCGACAAUUGGAAUUGACUAUGGAGUUACAAAGAAGCUUGUUUCUAUGGAAGGAGGUCCCGUUAGCAGGGUACAAGUCAGAGACAGAGAAAUCAAAGUUAACAUCUUUGAUAUGGCUGGACACCCCUUCUUCUAUGAGGUACGAAACGAGUUUUACAAGGACACACAGGGUGUGAUGCUGGUCUAUGACGUCGGGCAGAAGGACUCCUUUGAUGCCCUGGAUGCGUGGCUGGCAGAAAUGAAGCAGGACCUCGGACCCCAUGGGAACAUGGAAAAUGUUGUAUUUGUAGUGUGUGCCAAUAAGAUCGAUUGUACCAAGCACCGCUGUGUUGACGAAAGUGAAGGGCGUCUUUGGGCCGAAAGCAAAGGGUUCCUGUACUUUGAAACUUCAGCGCAAACGGGAGAAGGAAUUAAUGAGAUGUUCCAGACAUUUUAUGCCUCCAUAGUUGAUUUAUGUGAAAAUGGUGGGAAACGUCCUAUCACAAAUAGCGUUGCUAGUUUCACCAAAGAACAAGCAGACACCAUUCGCAGAAUUCGAAAUAGUAAAGACAGUUGGGACAUGUUGGGAGUCAAACCUGGGGCCUCCAGGGACGAAGUCAACAAAGCGUACCGGAAACUGGCCGUGCUGCUUCACCCUGACAAGUGUGUGGCUCCUGGCAGUGAAGAUGCCUUCAAAGCGGUUGUGAACGCCCGGACAGCCCUGCUGAAAAGCAUCAAGUAGGAAGUAGAAAGAAGAGUGUGGGGCUCAGUACAAACAGACUUUCCCUGGAGGUAAAGCAGCCAACGUGGAUUUUCCUCCACAAAAUCCCACUGCUCUUUUCACUCAUGUGUUGUCAUCUGUAAAUCAGUAAUUCCAGUGCCUGUUACCAUUCACAGAGAGAAAUGAACCAAGAGAAGACGAAGAGAAGAGAUCCAAGCGCCGCCUGGGCGCCGUAGCUCAUUCCAUGUUUCCAAGCUGAGAUCAAGGGCUCCCUUAGGCACCUCGCUCAGGAAAGACCCCGAGGUUUCUGGAGGGAGGAACCCCUGAAAGUUUGGUGUGACCUCACAAGCAAGUUGCGCCUUUUAGAAUGAGUUCCUUAGGUGGUAUUUUAACCAUCAAUCUAAAAUUAAUGAACUCUUAGCAGCCCUUUGGAAGUUUGUGAAACAAAGCGAUACAAUUCUGAGCUAAGCAGCCCCUUUAUGACAUUUAGUCUGUUCCUUUCUCCAGCCACCAGGGGGAGAGAUGAGCCAGUCCUAAGAAUACAAGCAGCGGCAGCCACGCUUCUGAGUGCAGUGACUGCUGCUAGGCCUCUCCCUGGCUGUGGAAAUGGGUGCUGGUUGCUGUAAGGAGCAUCAUCACCUAGGAAUGAGGACUCAGACCCAAGACAGCUGCUGCUGCAGUCACACUGGAUUGUGCACACAUCUCCAGAGGCACAGGAGCCUGGCCUGGCACGUUUGAUGCCUCAGGAGAGCCCUCCAUGAGGCUUAUGCCUUCUCUUGUUUCUGCAUCAUUUGCCACAGACAGGUGGGAAAGGCAGGGGUCCUUCUCAACAAGCCAGGCUUCCUCUUGGCUUCCUUGUCAGCGUUAGUUCCCUCUUUUUCUCCGCUCUUGUUUUCAUACACCGCAGCUGCCCUCAUGUCCCUCUCCUUGAAUCCCUGGCUUCCACCCACUGCCUUCUCCAUCCUGUCCUACAAGCCUUGACCUGAGCCUGGUUGACCAGAGGCCAGUGUGGAUCCUUUGGGUGGUGGUAGAGGGAGAGAUCUUAAAGCCUGUGUGGGAGGAAUCUUCAUAAUUUUGCUUGGGUUCCACAUUUCUGAAUAGUAAUAUUUUAAACUACAGAUUAUGAAACUUAAUGUCACAUAGAACAAUCCAUUUUUCUGCCAUAGUCUCCUCAGUCUCUAAGGGAUGGGUGAAGGUCAAGUGUCAGGCCUAGCCUUCCUCUCAGAGCUUCUACACCGUUCUCACUGGGUGGCUCAUCACCUCACCACUCAUUAUGAUGCUCAUGUUUUUAGCUGUGACCACCCUGCACUGAUUAGGACUUUACGGUACCUGAAACAGUACUGUCUGUGAAUUUUAAACAGCUAUCCCAUAUUGAUCACCAGUUAGCAUAGCUUACAGCUAAGGAGAAAAGCCACUUUUAUUUAAUUCACGCCCAUUUCAGUCAUGUGGAUUCUUACCCUCUCAAAGCAGCUUCAUUCUGUGGCUGCCCUUGGGCUGCAUGGAGCUUGUUGUGAGGAAAUCAGAGCAUCUUUUCUAGUCUCAGUUCUCAUCUUGGUGAGGAUGAAAAUUUCUUUUUUAGGAAUUGAGAUCUGAGAUAACUAUUUCUUGUGAGAUUUUCCUCUGGCCUUUUAAUUUGAACUAACUCUGGGACUGCAGAGCUCCAGCCCAAAGUUCUUCUGGACCUAAAUGUUGCUUAAGGCCUUCAUCCUGCCUACAGUAAUUGAACAUCGAUCUGUUCCUGCUACAGAAUUUAGGAGUCGUAUGGAUGAGGGAUCAUGCAUGGUGGUGUCAGUGCAAAUUGACAUGACAGCUCACGGAGCAUGUAGCCUGUAUAAACAGCUGGUGCCAGUUUUUAUCACUGGCAUUCAACACUGGGUCAGUCACCUCAUUUAACUGCAGUGCAAGUGUGCUGCUGAGCAGGUACAGCAGAGAGUUCUUUAGGGCUUCCUUCUGUCCCCUUAUGCAAUGACCGACUUGUUGGAAUUUAGCCUAAUUUUGAUUCUUAGGUCUUGGGACUCAGUUCCCAGCACCUCACUGUGACUGUCAAGGAUGGCCAUGUACUCCUUCAUUAUGGGAAAGAAGGGAAAACAGUGGCGCUUCGGGGUCCUGGGAUUUUCCUGACUCCCAUAAUUCUUGAGUAGAAUAUCAAAAGAUAAUGAAACAUGAUCUGCAAUGAAAAGGCUUUUUGGUAUUAACUGCAUCCAUCAACUUAACUUCUUGGUGUAAAUAUGCCCUUUGUAGUUCAACCUUUAAAUUAUUCAGCCAGUUAGGGUCUCAGAAUACACCAGUGAGAACACCCAACUGGCAGAGUAAUUUCAAUGGCUAAAAAAUUUUUUUGUAGAGAAUCUUGUUUUUAAAAAAGGAAUAAAAAGCUUGAACAGCUAUUAUUAAUUCCACACCUGAGUCACCAAGAAUUAAAACUUUUAAAGCUCGUUAGAAAUCCCUGGAGGCAUUUCAAAUUAACCGUCCGACCUACCCAGGCCCUUUAAAGUGCACCCGCUUUGUUCCGUGCCCCCCUUUCCUGCCCCCUCCAGAUCGGUGUUCUCGGCUGUCGGCUUUGCUGUGACUUCAGCAUCGUCAUUUUACUUCACGUAAGCGUGUCCCGUGUUUUGUUAGUCUGUCCACUUAUAAGUCCAGACUCGGGUGUUGUGCUGGACCCAACACAAACUGCCCCUAUUCCGCAGCUUCACACGAUUCCUCAAGGCUCACGUUUACCUCAGGAAACUUGCUCUAGUGUGUUCUCAGCAUUGCAUUCUCAGCUGGUCAGUAUUUCUUUAUGCCCAUAAACUAGUACCUAGUUCACGUUAGUUAAGUGAGCCGUAGAUAAGGCAGCUGAAUUCCUGAAAGAAAGGCCGAGUGGGUGGCGGCGGUGGCAGUGAGGCCGCUCCUUGCAGAGCAGUGACUGUCUAGAGGGGAGGGUGCGUUUCAGCUCCGAGUUGGAGAGGGCAGAGCUGUGUGCACACUGUGCUUGACCGUGACAGUGCCCUUCCCAGUAACUUCAGUGGGCAUUGGAAUGUCACUCCCUUCUCCACUGCACUCCAGCUCACUGAGUCUGCCAGGAAUUUGGUAAAACUUUUGAAAAUGACUUUAGCUGCAAAAUAAAGCUAACCACCUUCCAUUGCAAGUUCUGCAAAGUGGAAAGAGGUUCAUACUUCUUGUGAUUGGUAUUUAGCACAAUUGUAAGACACAGUUAAUUCUAUUUGUACAUUGGUUUUUUCAUUAAACAUCUCUAGAGAAGACAGAAGUUUAAACCGGUGAUGUGGAUACACUGGCUUGUGUCUAGCAAGCCAGGGCAGUCUCGAGCUGCGCAGUGAAGGCCCUGUGGGUGAGACCACUGCUUGGACAGUUGGACACUUUGGGUGGCUUCCUGCAUCGGUUGGUUGCCCUUUGACUGUGAAUGCAGAGUUUCUAAACAAACCUUUUGCUCGUACGAGGUAAUUUACAUAUUUGCUUUUUGUUGAAAUAACUGAAGAUGUUAAAUCUAACAGUUGUUUAUGUCUUGUAU